AUGAACGUUGUAAUUGUCGGGGCUGGCAUUGCCGGUCUAGCCUCAUCACUGGCUCUCGCUAAAUGGCUCUCUGAAACGCCACAUAUUACCGUUGUUGAGAUUCGCCCACAGCCUUCGACAAUCGGCGGCGCUGUUGGAUUGACGCCCAAUGCUCUGCGCUGCCUGCACCACCUGGGGGUGCUGCCACGAAUCCGGGCAAAGAGUUUGGGGACUGACAUAGACAAGAUCGAACUGUUCACAAUCUACAGCGGCGCCAGACUCGGCGAGAUCAACUUCGUGGAUCAGCAUGGGGGUGGGGUUGGGGAGCCUUCGUUCAAAGGUCUCAGGAUCCUGCGCACAGACUUGGUCGAGUCACUUACAGACACGGUCAAGGCACUCGAUAACGUCAAGUUGGUGUAUGGCCACAACCCAGUUCAAAUUGUCGAAACGGAGAAUGAGGUGACUGUCCAGCUGGAUGACGGUUCCACCCUGAGCGCGGACUUACUUCUCGGGUGCGACGGGAUACAUUCCUUUGUGAGAACCAGCCUUGUCGACACGGAGAGAAGACAGCUGUACACUGGGAUAGCCGCAGUGUUUGGGUUCGCAGAGUUGGAGGACGGAGCAAAAAUUCCGUGGAAAGACACGGGAUUGUGCCAGUCACAACGCGGCAGUCUCAUGACCACCUACUACGAGCCGACGAGGAAGAAACAGUUUGUAGCAGCCAUCACCGAGACCGCGGACGUUGCAUCGAGAGAAGGGUGGCUGGCUCGUGGUGCAGAACAGGAGAGAAUCAAGCAGGACAUCCAAAGUCGAUUCGGUGGUGGCGCCCUGCAAUUCCUCGAUCCUCUCAUCUCAGCAACGGAUCAUUGGACCCUCUAUCCCGUGUAUCAACUCGCACCACGGGGCAAUUGGUGCUCAAGACGCACAGUCCUGUUGGGAGAUGCCGCACAUGCAAUGUCUCCUCAGGGCGAGAGCACGGCAUAUGCGCUGGAAGAUGCCAUUCUAUUCGCCAGAGUCUUGGAAUCCAGAUCUGAUAGUGCACUGGACGAAGUCUUCCGUUCAUAUCAAAGUGUUAGGAGGGCCAACAUCGACAGGGCCUACGAUGAGGCCAAUUUUGGAUGGGGAACGCAGAGCGACUGUGGUGGCGGUAUCAAUUGGACCGGUGGCACGACUUGCACCUCAGGCUGGACCUGUGUCGAGCAGAACCCAUAUUAUUCCCAAUGCCUGCAAGCCAGCAACACUCCUCCUCCAUCUUCACCACCAGUCGUUGAGCCUGUCUCACCUAGCUCGUCUCCAUCCAGCACCCCAACGAGUGUCAGCAACCCAGCAACUUCCACCAGCCCCGCCUCCCCCGGCAGUGGUCUUACUUACAAGGCAUCUUUCACUCACUACGGUGCCGGCGACACCUUUGGCUCCCCGAACUGCAACACGAAUACAGCCGCCUGUUUCUUCUACACCUUCCCCGGCUUCAGUGCGGCAGUGUCCCAAAACCUCUAUGGUGCUGGACCGGGUCAAGGCCAGGGUCCUGCUUGUGGGACAUGCUGGAAGCUGGUUGGAGAGACGGACUCAUCGGGGAACCGCCUCAGCAAUGCAGGAACGAGCAUCGUGGUCAUGAUCAACAACCUGUGCCCGGCCGAUGGCAAUCCGCUGUGUGCUCAGAAUGGUCUAUCGGGGACGAAUCAAUAUGGUGCAAACGUCAACUUUGACCUCUGCAGUGACAGCGGAGCUUCGGAAGCAUUCUUUGGGAACAGUGGCGUGGGUCUUGCAGUUGGUUCUGCCACGCAGGUCGAUUGUUCUGAGUGGUCUGGGACUAUUGUCCAUUAG